UGUGCCCAAGCACACAUACAUGCCUAGGUGUGGUGCUGUGUUCCAUGCAUGGGUGCCACACACACUCAUACACAGUCCUGCACCCAUGAGUUCACCUUUUUCUUUUUCCUUUCAUGUGAGCAUGUUGUAUCCUUUAUUCUUUUUUCUUGUGGUUGGUUGGUUGACUUUUGGUUGGUUGGCUGUGUAGUCCUGGGUGACCUUGAACUUACUAUGUAGCUCAGGCUGACCUAAUACACGAGGUAAUCCUCCUGCCUCAGCCUCCCAAGUGCUGGGAUUACAGGCAUGUGCUGCCACACCUCAUACUUUUUAUUCUUUACUAGCUUCUUAGUUGUGACUGAAUAACAUGACAUAGACACUACUGUCUUCACCAUCUAAUGUCUAAUCAUAGUUCUUGUGUGCACCAUCACUGCCCCAUCUUCAUCUUUCUAAACUGAAACUGUCCUCAUUAGAAACUGACUUGCAUUCCCUGGCUCCCACCAUUCUGUCUGUUUCUACUAACAUGACUCUUCUGGACACCUUUGAUGAAUGGAAUCACAGCAUUUAUUUUUCCUUUUGUGUCUGGGUUAUUUCACUUAGAUAGUAUGAUGGAAUAAAUGUCUGUGCCCCGUCCUGUCCCUGCGUUGAAAUCCUAACCCUCUAGGUGAUGGUGUUAGGAGUUGGACCCUCACAAUGGGGUUAGUGCACAUAUAUCUUUCAUUCCCUUUCCCAGCGUAUAGCUGCAGGAAGGUAUCGUGUAUGAACUAGGAAGUGGUUCCUCAGCAGGCCAUGAAUCUGCCUUGAUUUGGACUUCCAGACUAAAGAACUGAGAAAUACAUGUGUAUAAGCCACCUGAUGCAUGGGAUAGCCACAGCACAAGCUACAACACACACAAUGUCCUCUGGGUCCAUCCAUGUCAUAGCAUGUGUGUUAAAUUUCACUUCUUUUGACUGCUGAGUAAUCUUCCUACUUGCAUUCAAUAGCCAUGACAUGCUGUGGGUGUGUCAUAUUUAUUCCUGUGGUGAUGGGCACUUAUUUACUUAAGACAGGAUCUUACUGUGUUGAUCAGGCUGGUGUCAAACUCUUAGAAUUAACUGGAAUAAACAAAGGAAGGCACCCAAGGUCUCAGUAUCCAAGAGAGGAAACUUUAAAACUGAGAAAAAUGUAUCCAUCUAACUGUUUUCAUGCUCUGGUCAUCUUCCUCCAUAAUUUGACUGAGCAGUGGCCACGCCCUCCCGUUUGUCCCACCCACCCUAGCCUUGGCGGUGUUCCCAGCCGCCCUGCUCACACUGCUGACAUGGUUGUUCUGAAAGGAGUCCCAGCGCUACUGUCUCCUGAGUUGCUGUAUGCAUUGGCGCGCAUGGGGCACGGAGAUGAGAUCGUUCUUGCAGAUGCUAACUUCCCCACCUCCUCUGUCUGUCAUUGUGGGCCUGUGGAGAUCCGGGCAGAUGGCCUGGGCAUCCCGAAGCUCCUGGAAGCUCUGUUGAAGCUGCUACCCUUGGACAGUCCGGCUGUAGUCAUGAAGCUGGUGCCUAGCGACCAGGAAAGGGGCCUGCGGACUACAGUGUGGGAAGACUAUGAGUUCCUCCUGCUCCAGGCUGGCUACACGAGCACCCUGGCAAAGAUAGAGAGAUUUCAGUUUUAUGAACGAGCCAAAAAGGCUUUUGCUGUUGUUGCAACCGGGUGA